UGCUGAUGUUCUGUCUGAUGGAACAAAAAUAGGUAGUGGGUAUGCCUCUUUGCUCUUGCAAGUUAAAACCUGUGUUGAACAUGUAAACAGAAACAACACUUUAGCUCGUCGGAGAAAAGAACGAUUACGAUCAUCGUGUAGCACCAUAAGCCAGAGCUCAAGAAGGCUGGCUGAUCAAUAUGGUUGUGUCAGUUGGCAGCCUGAGGAGUUUCCUGCGGGAGAAAAUGAUGACACUCUAGAAGAGAAGCGCAAGCAAAUGGUUCUGCUUCAGUCUACUGAAGGAAUGUCUGGAGCCGAUAGAGGAGAACUUCACAAGUUGAUGGAGGUCACAUAUUACCGUCAGCGCCGUGAUAUAAAUGCCACUCCACCACUGUCUGAACUAAAGAACUCAUGGCCUUACCUGUUUUGUCUGAAGGGAAUCUUUUUACAUUUCCAAUUGCUUACUGACAUCUCACUGCUACAAAAAAUCAUGGAGAGCAUUCAAGGGAAAGGAAAGAGGAUUCUAAGAUUUUUUCAAGAAAAGCCAUCAAACAAAGAGGUGUGUGCUGUUCUGUCAAAGUAUCAAGAGGGAAAUUCUCUGGUCCUGUGCAUCUUGAAACUCUUAAUGGCCCAUUUCAAAGAGAGGACAGAAUCACUUCUAAUUGAAGCUGAUGCAGCAGCAACCGCAGCCGACAUGGAAAGAGAGGGAUUACCGGAUUCACCCGCACUGAUCAUCCAAGGUGAAUCCAUGACCCCAAGCAAGUGGAUGUUGUCAGUCGAGAGGGAAGUUGUCCUGGGCCCAUUUUCAGAGGCAUUUGUUGAGGGCCUGGCAGCAUUGUUUGCGACCUAUUACAACUUAAAUCUUGCUUAUCAGGAUGACGCUGCAUGCACGCUGGAAUUUAUUCAGAGAGGACUUGUGGGCAUCAACCCGGAAACAGGAUCAAAAGUUGCUGCUGGAAAGCGAGACAAGAAAAUGCACGGAAUGAACCCACAUGUAUGCACACUGUUGCGUAAACUAAUGGACUUCGAAUGGCUUGUCAUUUAAAGUAUUCCAAUACAAAUGAUACCAGAGACUGACCCAAUUUCCAAGUUCAUAUUCUUGCCUUUAAGGUAGGCACAGUUCAUGCCAUUUCUUUAGGUUAUGACAUUAGAGCUAUGACUAUAAUCACUUUAGGAAUGUGCACUACAUAGUUAAUAUUUAAGUGCUGCUGUUCUCUGAGGUUUUUGUCCAAGGCUAAAGCCUUACAUUUAAUGUGCAAUUAAUUUUUUCUUUUUUUUUUUCAUUGUUUCUCCAAAUACAUUUUGGAAUCAGGUUGUUAAAUAGCCAUUA